UCCAGUCGGUACAGGAGUCAGAAGUAGAUCAUCUGCUUCCGGGAAUUUAGUCGACAUUUUAGUUUAGAACGUUUAAGUCAGUAAGUUCGAAGUUUGCCCACAAAGCUGAGAUGUUGCACUCCAUUUGCAGGAUUCAUAUUUUAGUCUACUUGACUUUUUCUCUAUUUUUUUUCGGAGCUCUCUAUGUCUUCAUUGGGUACUCUAAUUCAUUUGUCAGUAUAUUCCAAUUGGGCAAUUUGCCCAAGACAAAGGAUGAUGCAAUAAUAAGCAGUGCACAGAUAAACCAAAAUGCAUCCCUAAAGGACUAUGUACUCAAAGAAGAUGUAGUUACACGAGAUGGAGUGAACAACUGUGGGCGCUGGAGUAUUGAAGAACUAAAAAUGCAAGCAGGGCUGAAAUAUGCCCAGCCAAGUACUCAGAAAGGACGCACUGAUGUUAACUCAGUGACAAACUGGAAUGUCCCCCUGGUUUGGGAGGGAACUUUUGACCCAGUAGUAAUUGAUGCAAUCUAUAAAACAAUGCAUCCAGGAGUUGCUGUGGUGGUUUUCGCCAUUGGCAAAUAUACUCGCUUCCUAGAGGCCUUCUUGGAGUCGGGUGAAAAGUACUUCCUGGUUGACUUCAGGGUCACGUAUUAUGUCUUCACAGACAACAAACAAAAGGUUCCUCAAGUUAAACUGGGCAGCAAUCGGAAAAUCUCAGUGAUUACUGUCCCUGGCGCCCAACGUUGGCAGGAGGUGGUGCUUGGCAGGAUGAAGUGGGCAACCAUAGCCAUUGAAAAUCAGAUCCGUAACGAGGCUGACUAUCUUUUCAUGAUGGACAUUGAUAGCGUCUUCCACAACCGCUUUGGAGCCGAGUCCCUCAGCAGACUCUCCGCUGUGCUGCAUCGUGGCUACUACAAGAACACCCAUCGGGACAAAUUUCCAUAUGAGCGUCGUCCCCAGUCCACAGCCUACAUUCCUGCUGGGGAAGGAGAUUACUAUUACACGGCAGCUGUCUGGGGUGGCUACCUGGAGGAUAUGUACAAGCUAGUCAAGCACUGUUACGCUCAAGCAGAAGAGGAUUCCAAGAAAAAUAUUGAGGCUGUGUGGCAAGAAGAGAGUCACCUCAACAAGUACCUACUGUACAACAAGCCCACCAAAGUGCUGUCUCCUGAGUACCUGUGGUCCGACUAUGAUAAGGUACCAGCAGACAUCAAAGUGGUCAGGAUCUCACAACUGGUCAAGGACUAUAAAGAAGUGCGGCCCAAUGGUGGACACUGAUGUCAAUUGUCAAGCAAAGAUACACGGGACCUGUUCGCGUCUGGCUGAUGUAUAAAUGUGAAGCAUAAUUUACAUCCCAUUGUCUCUGUAACGUGGGCAUUAUGAAGCCUGGCAAUACCAAUGUAAAAACCAUGUAAACGUGGUUGCCUGACUCUACUGAGCAGGACAGAAAUGCACUGUUUUCACGUUUAAUUAUUCUGCUUCAGUAAUGCCCCCCCGAGUGCUGUUUUAAUGAACUCCAUGCCCUGUGUUUAAUGCCUCUAGUGCCUUCCACAAUGUUAGGUUUACCUGCAUAAUAAUUAUUAAAAAGUCAGUUUUUUUUAACAUCUUGUUGACAAAUAAACCACGCUUCUCCACUAAAUUUAAUUAAUUUAAGUGUUUGUGGUUUUCAAGGUUUUAUACUCCCCUGCAUCACACAGAGAGCUGUUUGUAAAAAUGUCUUGUGCAGCUAAUUAAGAUAAUCAAAAUAUUAGAAAUAUGUUUCUGUAUGAAUUGUGUGUUUUCUAAAGCCCACAUGUAUAGAAUGCUUGACUAUUGACUGGAUGUUUUCCUGUUGGUCUGAAGAGUUGAUGAUUUAUCUUUCACAGAGUUUUUGGUAAUUCUUUUUUUAUUUGUAGUUCUGUAUCUUCAGUGUUGCAGCCCUCACCCUCUGGAACUCCCUCUCCUCAGACAUCUGAUACACCCUAUCUUUGGACACUUUCAAACAAAAAUUCAAAACCUCGGUUUUUGAUCUCUAAUGUCCUUUGUUAUGUGUUCUUGUCUGUCUACGUAGUAUAAAGUGACAUUAGCUUCAUUGAAAGGUGCUAUAUAAAUUCAAGCUAUUAUUA